UGUGUGCAUGUAGGGGGGGGUGGCCCCGUGCGACCGCGCGGCGUGGAAGGGAGACUGUGUUGCUUCCUGGCAUGGAAGGUGAAACGAAGCAGCCGCACGACCCCGGCCCCGCGCGUGCGGGUGCGCGGGCGUGCGGGUGUGCGUGCGCCUCCCCUCCACCAGUCAGGCUUGCUUCCUCCCUCUGCCAGCGGACAGCGCUGAAGCAGAGUGUGUUUAUGCGGACUUGGGGCCUUCGGGGACUGGCAGCCAGGCCGCUGGAGCACACAUCUGGAACCAUUAGGUUCAAUCAGCCAUGAGAGCGGUUGCAAAUAGUAACAGACUGAAGAGAUCCUAUCACGAGAACGAGACAACCUUGCAGGAAAAGAAGGGUCAUGGCUCACACAUUUGAGAGCUAGUGUGAAAUACCGGCCGGAGUUACUCUCUGCGUGUGGACGUGCAGUUGCCUUCCAUUGCUGGAGAACGCUCUCCUCUCCUUGAAUGACCUUGGCAUCCUCCGGCCAGGAGAUUGUAAACGGGAAGGCUUAUUUCUGGACUCUCGGUUUUAUCCUCCAAACAGUCGGAGCCGUUGGCCUGUGUUGCAGGCAGGAUUCUAAGCACGAGCCCUUUACUUCUCAAUUACUCAGUGAUGCUGACGCUCUUCUUAGUCUCGCCUUGCAGAGGAAGUAGCCAGCUGAGAUCGUGGAUGGUCUGUCUGGACACAAACUCGCGCUGACACUGCCGCCAGCCUGAGCUCUCAGUCGUAGCGCAAAUAAAUGCUGGCAACCAGAACUGUAGAACUGUACUGAAAAACCAAUUUUAACAAAAACUACCGUGCGUCAGGUUGCUCUACUGGGCUGAGAAACACCUCCGAUAGAGGCUUCUACGUGCUUGCUGUCUCUGCGUGGCGGGGUCAGAAACCUUUUUCACCGGCAGACUGACGACUCGUACCCCGAGUUAAAGCGCUGAUCACAACGCACACUAGGACUGUUGUAGGUGGAGACAGAAAGAGCUCUGCCUUCGGGCGGGAGGCUGCCCGAGAGCUGAGAACUCUCGCGAGAAGAUUUGUUGUUACCACGGCAACCGCAUCGCGGUUUAGAAAGAUGGCCGGGCGGAUUGUGGGAGUGCCGAGACGCGGUGCUGCAGACACUCAGUCGCGCGGGCAGCUUGCAGCUGGACGAGACCUCCUCGCCCGCGAGCAAGAGUACAAACGUUUAAAUGCAGAAUUGGAGGCCAAAACUGCUGAUCUGGUUAGACAAGCUGAUGAAGCAAUAAGAGAUCAGCAGGAAGUACGAGCAAGGCCUUUCUCAGCAAUAACUACGUCAUGCAGAGACGAAGAUGGUUACAGCAUGAGAGAUCUGUUGUCAUCUGAAGGGACGGCUCAUCCAUGGUCAGAAACCAAGCCAAAGAGCAAAAACACUGGUCCUGUAAACAAGGUUCAAAACAGACUCCAUUGUGCAGAUAAAGAAAGGAGAAUAAAUUCCAGUGUUAAACUGAAAUAUCCCAGUGUGCAGACUGCCAAUGAUGUGGCCAUCCCAGACGAUUUCUCAGACUUUUCCCUUGCCAAGACAAUUAGCAGAAUUGAAGGGCAGCUGGAAGGGGACAGCUUGCCAGAGUGCGCAGAUGACGACGAUGUUUUCUAUGGCAUUAGUAAGGACAUUGGGACAGAAGCCCAGAUCAGAUUUCUAAAGGCCAAGCUCCAUGUGAUGCAGGAGGAACUGGACAGCGUGGUGUGUGAGUGCAGUAAGAAGGAGGAUGAAAUUCAGGAUUUGAAGUCCAAGGUGAAAAGUUUUGAAGAAGACUGUGUGAGACAGCAACAAACAAUUACGUCACAGCAGUCUCAAGUAGAAAAAUACAAGAACCUUUUUGAAGAAGCAAACAGAAAAUGUGAUGGACUACAGCAGCAGCUCUCAUCCCUAGAGAGGGAAUUAGAAACCAAAAGAAGAUUACAGAAGCAGGCUGCCACAAGUCAAAGUGCCACAGAAGUCCGCCUGAAUCGAGCUCUAGAGGAAGCAGAAAAGUAUAAACUGGAGCUGAGUAAACUGAGGCAGAGUAACAAGGAUAUUGCAAAUGAAGACCACCAAAAAAUUGAAGUGUUAAAAUCAGAAAACAAGAAGCUAGAAAGACAAAAAGGAGAAUUAAUGAUAGGGUUCAAGAAACAAUUGAAGUUAAUUGACAUUUUGAAAAGGCAGAAGAUGCAUAUUGAAGCUGCCAAGAUGCUGUCUUUCAGUGAGGAAGAGUUCAUGAAAGCUCUUGAGUGGGGCAGUUCAUGAGUGAGCGAUUUUAAUUUGAUGCUUAUUUGUGAUAGUUUCUUCAACAUGAAAAUGUAGUGCUUCUUUACUGUUCAUAAGUAAUGAAAAUAUUUGUGAAAUAAAAAAUUCAGGUAUGGACUUGCUGAAAUAAAGUGUUUGGAAGGACAUUCUGAGGCAAAGCAAGACUGUAACACUGACUUUACUUCCUUUUACUUUUUUCUUUUUUUUUCUUUUUUUUUGAGCUGA